CGUGCCGUGAUGUGAGGCAAAGCUGCACAUGAGGCUGGAAAAGAGGAGCUCCCUCUUUUUUUUUCACACUCACUUGAUCAGGCUGGACUCCUUUAACGUCACGUAGAUUUUUUAUAUAACAAUGGCUUGAAAAAAUACAUGUCACAGGCGCACCAUGGGCGAUGCAGUGAAGAGCAUUUGUUAGUCACUUGCAGACACAGAGGCGUGCACACACACUCACUCUGUAGCUCCGGCACAGAUUCUGCCUGCUCUGGCAAUGCUGGCUCUGACUGAUAAGGAUGCAGUUCUGCAGGAAGGUGCUCUGCCAGCCGUGUAGUGCCAGAGUCACUUCACCGGAGGAGGACAUGGAAUACAAGAUGGGGAGCUGCAUCGGAAUCUCACGCCGCCAGGCUGAAGCCGAGAGUUCAACCCGGAGAGACGAGAGGACGCAGCUGACUGAGGCCUCCACCAGCCAGCAGAGCCUGCUGUCCCAACCAGUUCUCCCAGACGUCCCAGUCAUCACUGGGGUGGAGGAGCGCAGGGGCGCAGCUGGCGAGGAGGAGGACAAGGAGGAUGACUUGGAGUUUCCUCAUGACCUGCUGCCCAGCCUAGACUUCAGCAGUGAGCUCAACAUCUGGGAGUCCUCGCUGGGAACUCAGACUAGCUCAGGUGAGAGGAAAUGUGAGCAGGUGAACCCCCUGCUGGCGGGCCUGCAGCAUCACACGGAGGUCAGCCAGCAACUGGUGGUUCUAGAUACAAGGCCUAAUGACAGCGACCCAGUUCUCACAGACGCCCAGCCCUCGCCGUGGCCCGCUGCCACACCUUACCCGGACGUCCGACCCCAGACCCCUCCUCCGUCUGUGCUCCUCGACCGGGAACUCCAAGAGGCCUUCCAGGAAUGUGAAGAGCAAAUGGCCUCACUGGGCAUACUUAACUCCACCACGCCUGAGACGUUUAAUAAUGUAGGGGAGAAAACCGGAGAGGUGAUGGUUAAUAAGUCCAGUGAGUCAUCGUCCCUGCCUCCAAUCGUAGCCCAGCCAGGACAUAGCAACGGGGGCCAUGGAAACAAGAAUACACAUGGAAACAGUGAGGCAGCAAACACUCAGAAGGAUACAGUUGUGUUUAGUUUUAGGAAUUACAUACUGGGCACUGGGAAUAGUGCCGAGUUAGCAGAGAGUGAAAUAAAGGCAACACAGAGCCUGGACAAACGGCCAGAGAUGAAGCCAGAAAAAGAAUCAGGGAUGGAUAAGCAGAAGGGGACACCCACGCAUACACAAUUAGAAACAACAACAGAGUCAUUUAAAGAAGCACAAAAAGAUGCUGCAUUCACUGAGCGGAGAGACGAUCAUGUCGGUUCUGAUGCAGCUACUGAGGGAAAUGGCUCGCCAGACGGUAAUACAGUGAUUAGGGAGGAAGGCACAGAGGCAAUAACAGUGACUGCAGACAUAAAGAAAGAAAAUUACAGUCAUGAGUCCAGUAUUAAUGUUUGCAAAGCUGAAACUCAUGAAAUACCGGAGAGCAUUCAUCUUCAUAUAAAGGAUAAAGAUGCAUUAUCAGAGACAGAGACGGGAGCAAACAAUCAAACCGAGGGCGACCAGGAGUCAAAAACAGACAAAUGGAUGAAUCCACUGAGUGACAAAGAGGCUGAGCAGGACAAAAAAGCAAAGAAGAAAGAAAAAAAGAGACAGAGAAAAAAGAAAAAGAAUGCAGAGACUGAACUGAGAGAGACGACAGUAGCGCGACCUGCAAGUGAUUCAGAGGCUGCGUCUCUCAUAAAAGCAGGAAAUCAGACUGAUUCAAAUGCAAAUACUGAUGACAAAUCAAUGCCACAGGCAGACACGCAGGCUGUGAUUUGUAGGGAACAGUCUGAUAAUGGGUUCGACUACCAGCAACAGCUGACUCCUGGGGGAAAGCCCGGCUCCAGCGCCCCGCUAUCACUGUUUCAGAGCAGGCAGGAUCAUCUUACCGACUCGGCCUGUUCAGCUGCGUCCGUCCAAGCUCUUCCUCAGAGGCCUCAUCAGUCAGAAAACCGCAACCGUACAGAGGCCCCAUGUGGCAUGAAUCAAUGUUCAGAUGAAACCCCGCAGCGGGAGCAUCAUGCAACCGGAGGUGUCAUAGAUGACCAAAAUACACCCGUGACACAUGUCCAACCCACAGUUAUCAAUCAAGAUGCUGCCACUGAUAAGAUAUCGGAUGCACAAACACAGGGGGCUAUAGUUACCUCAGAGGCAGCGAUACUCACACAGGAGAAUCGUAGCCCACUCUCCAGCAGCCGAACUUGUGUGGGAGAGAGUGGCGUGGAGAGUGCCCUUGAAGAGGCUUUACUGGUAGUUGCUGCGUUGCCACUGACAACACCCACGUUGCCAGAAGUGAUAGAAAGCGAGGGAGAGGGAGAAAGCGUGAGGAGUGAUUCACUGGUGAGAGUGGCUUCUGUAGCAAUUGCAGAAGCAGUCGGAGAGGAAGGUUUGGGAGGAAUAGAAAAGUGCCUCAGCUCUGCAGUCGGGGAGAAAGAAGGGCUCCUGGACAGCCUUCCUCAGCUCUCAUUAAUCUGUUCACAGGCAAAAUGCUCACUUGCUUUCUCAGCCAAAGAGGGACAGGCUGCAUCUGAGGAGAGCUGCGGCAGCAAAAUGCCACACAACUCGGCCGAGACCGAUACGAAGGGACCGGGAGAGACAGCCGUUCGCUUUGCAGACGCAGAGAUCUCACCAGCGGAAGAGGGAGCCAGAGAAAAGGAGCCACUCCGGUUAGAAGCCUAUAUCAAUACUUCUCCCCUUGGGCUACUCACUGGUCCUGAUUGUCAGGAUCACUGUGCUGCGGGAUCGGAGGGGGGAGGAGGAGGAGGAGAGGAGGUGGAAAAGAAAGGAGGGCUGGCUAAAGACCACAGUUCAUUCAGCCAGCCAGAAGGCUCUGCUAGUGGGGUGUCAUCAGCUGAGACUGAGUCGUGUCCGCCCACCGAUGUUGCCGAGUCACAGUUGAAGCCACAGAGCUGGAGUGAGCCGAUAGCUGCCGUCACUGAGAGCAUCUGCACUGAAAAGGACCGUCUCUCUCACCCUUGCCAGGAGCAGCAUGGCGCAGCAAUUUCGCCUCUCCCCACUUACCCCGAACAGAGCUCCAGCAGUGCAAACAGAGGGCUAAGGGGUGAUCUCAAUCCGAAUUUGAUUUCAGGGGAGGAAUCUUCGGGACAUACUCGCGAGGAGUCGUCCAUCACAGAGACAAACUCCAGCCAAGUCUUCCUGUCUUCAGUGUCACCGCAGGCUUCUUUACAACAAAUCCCAGUCGAGCAACAAGCGAGCAACUAUCAACAGGUACAUCCUGAAAGUAGCAAAAAAGAAGCCAGGACAGCCGAGAGUGCGUCUGAGCUCAAAGUCCAAACCCAGACCCAGAGCAGUAGAGGUAGCCCUGCUAUGUCUGGAGUGGGCGGAUGUGACAGCAGUAGACGCAACAACAGAGUUCACUUUGCGGACGAACAAGAGAGCCGGCCCUCCUUGGAUCUCAGGAACAUGACGGCGAUGGACUGCGCCUCUUUGCCGCCGCUGACUGUACACGAGAGUUUGCAUCACCCUGUUGUCGAGGCCUGCUACACCUUCCCGGACUUCCUCAGCUUGAAGAAGCCAGAAAUCCCCUCAGAUGCAGCUCCUGCGAAAGGCGAAGCAGCAUUAUGGAGCCCAGCUGUCUUAACAGAUCCUAAGAGAGAUAUCCAAGUGAUUGAAGGAGAUAAAGGGACUAAAGAUACCAAGGAAAGCAUCGAGAAAGAUCAGUCAGGUGACAAAAACUUGGAGACAAACACUGUGGACAACAAGGACUCCUCAAAUCAACUUCCGUGUCCUAACAAGAAGGAUCAGACUGAUAAUAAAGGAGGUUUUGUCCUUUCACAAACAGCAGGAAGUGCCGUCUCUGAGGCGGAUCAUCUAUCAGUUGAAGAGGUGGAAACAGAGAAGGGCAUUGUAAAUCUAUGUCUGUCAAAGGAGAAACAGAUAGAUAAGUUACCUUUAAUAGGGGAUGCUUCUGUCGUUCUCGAAGGAAAAGAAGGUAACCAGCUUCUCUCCUCAUAUUCGGUGCUUCCAGCUAAAGAUGUUACCUGCAAGCCUGUAAAUGACGAGUCACCUGUUGGGCAGCUCUCUACUGACCUUGACCCCAGUUUGACCUGCACAGCCUCUCCUCAGAUAAUUCCUAGUGACCCUGAUUAUCUGUCUCCUAGCCAAUUAGAUCAAACAGCUCCUUGUGGACUAGUUGCCACAGCUCCCAUGACAGACGGCGAGGGGUCCACAGCUCACUCCGCCGAUUUGACAAAGGAAGGAACAGCCUCCGACCAGUCGAUUCCUGUUACCGAGCAAAGUGCUAGUAAUCCCACUCUUGUGCUGAUGCCUCCUGGCCCGAUGUUGAGUCACUUGGAGUUCAUUACUGACUGUGAUGUCUCUCUUCCUGAGCGGGCAGAAAACCGCGGCGCCGAUGGCGACAUUGCCAAAGUCUCCAGGGACGUGGAUGCCAACAAAAGCAGGGGCGUGUCUUUUGCACAGGACCUGAAACAGGAAGAUGUCCACAUUGAAGCAGAUAAGACUGGUCUUAAAUUUGAGGACAGAAAUUUGGGGAUUAAUAAUAUAAAUAUUCCACUUUCACAAGAGGAAAAUCUGUCCCUUCCAACUCAGCCUCCGGAUACAAAGGUGGGAUCUGAUGACGUAUUUGCGCUGUCUCACUCUGAUCCAGACUCCACUGCCAUUAAACCUGUUAUUUGUGAGGGAUCCAUUAAGGAUGACCUCAUUAAUGUCAGCUGCCCACUCAGCCCUGACCUGCCUACCAACCAGGCUCAUGAUGAGAUUGAACAAGACAAUGUCAAAGGGAAACACAGAAUGGGAGAUCAGACCUCCGUGUUGUUUGAUGAAUUGAGAAAUGAUAAUCAAAAGGAAACAGCAGACAGCAGCAAGCAGCAGACAGGAAAGACAACAUCACAAGAGAGUCAUGGGCCUGAUAAAGAGACUGUAGAGGAAAUUAGAGACGUGCCGCCACCACAUACACAUAAAGUACACAAAUCUGAAUCACCAGUGAAAGAUAUAAAGGAGGAAGGAGAAAGUCAGAGAGAGAUGUCUUCCUUAUCUCCUGACAGACCCACAGGGUCAUCGGAGGACAUGACAAGUGCUGAGGUAGAGUUUGGUAGUGAACCUCAGACUGUUUAUGACCCGAGUUUGUGCCAAACUCCAGCAGCAACACUGGAACCCAGCUCUGACAGGGACACGGCACCACAUUUGAGUGUGGCUCUCGGCCAAUCGCAGUCCACACCAGAUCCAAAGUGUUUUGCUCAGCAACAGGAGCAACAGCAGCAGCAGCGUCUGGAAUCCAGACAUCCCACUGAGGAAAUGUCAGGUGGCUGUCGAGAGGGAGGAGGAAAGCCUGACAGUCAGGUCAGGCGGGCCCAAGCGCUGGUUCCAGUGAUAAAAGGGGUAGCAGAGGGAGGAGACGGCUCUGUUGGGAGUUUGUGUCAGUCAGGAAACAGGGAUGACAUGAGUGGUGAUGACAGCGGUGGCAACGAACGAGUGAUAGGUCUGGAGAAAGGCGAGGGAGCGCGAGAUGCGCCGGGGCAUGACGGGGUUUAUGUGCCGUCUGACCUUGCCAAUGAUUUAAAUGAGAGUGGAAGGGCUGCUGAGAGAAAUGCCUCUGCUGACAUGGGGAUAUUAACAAGUUGCUCUCAUGUAGGUGACACAAGACAGGGGAUGGAUGAAAACAAAAGCGCGGGGUUAGGGCCAGUUGGGUCAGCUACAGAUUUAAUGCCAGACAUCAAGUCUGUGAGUGAUCUGGACGGUAAAGGUCAGCAAAAAAGUGAUCUAUCAGCUGCCUGUCAAAGCAAACCUGAGAACAGUGCUGUCUCUGUUGAGUCUGCAUCACAAGAACGUGAGACCCCAUCAAAGGUCAGCACAGAUAAUCAUGACAUUCAUACAGAAGUUUUUCCAAGAGCAAACCAGGCUGGAGAAAUUCGUACAAAAGUAUACAACACUCUGCCAGAUCCUGCUGGGCAACCAGAAACUGUGGAAAAGGAUUUCAGUGCUGCCAUGACUCUUAAACGCAACAGUACUGAAACCGACGAGUGUGAAAUUCAGGAUACAGUAUGCGAGCCUCUUGAGCCACGAAGCUCCAGUGUAACCUCUGCCUCACAAAGCAGCUCAGUAGCACAAAGACCCAUAAAAGGCCCUGAUGUAGAGGAGAUCACAAAGGAAGAUAAAGUAGCUAUAGACAGAGGGAAAGCUAGCAGCCAGGGGAAGGGACAAAAUGAGAUAAAGGGGGUAAACAAUGAGGAGAGGGAAAAACAAGAGGUUGUAAAUCAAACAGGGUCUGCUAAAGACGGUGGCCUGGGAUCAAUUAUAGUUUCAGACCUCUGUGAAAGAGACACUGAGACUACUGUUUGUCAUUCUGAUGGGAAGAUUGGUCCCUCUAAGGCAGCAGAAAAUGACAUGACAGAUAAAAUCACUCCUGAUGUUGUCACAGUCCCAUCUGUUGCUUCGUCAAAGCGCAAGGAAGAUUUUGCUUCGACUCCCCAGCCAGCAGCGCCACGUGAUCAGGCGUCUAAUUCCCAAGAUGAUGUUGCAGUAAAACCCACUGUCGCUGCUUCUCAGUGUGAGGGAAGAUCACGGGAAAACUCUCCUGUUCAACAAGUGUCAGAGUGUCCUGCAACUGGACCAACAGCCCAAGAGCCAGAUACAAACUGGAUAAAAGCUCUGAAAGAAGCUGCAUCCUCCCAUUCUCAGAGUAAACAGGAGAACAGAGUGGAGGCCUCCAGACCCCUCCCCUCCCUGGAGUCUCCUCAACUAGAGUUUCUUACUCCGACCGAGGAGGUAGCUGCUCCUCUGAGACAGGAGGAGAUCCCACCACCGGAGCAGGAGGCAGAGAAGACAAAAGAGAUCCCACCGCUAAAUCUUCUGAAGAAGCCGGUUGAUCUCCCUGAACCUUUAAAGACGACAGCAGACCUCCCUGAACCAGCACAGCAGAGAUUAGAGCACACAGAACCAACGCAGAGCACAAAAGUAGAGCUCCUGGAGGAAGCUAAGAAGGAAGAGCUCUCAGAACCCACCAAAGAAGAAGAAGAGCCUCCAGAAGAGCAUCCAGAACCAAAAAGGGAGCUGGUGCCUUCUCCAGAAAUAGCGCAGGAGCCAGCACAAAGCACAGAAAAGCUCCCAGAACCACCAAAAAAUGAAGAACCGGAGCCAGCAACGACGACAAGAGAGCCAGUAGAAGCAGGGAAGAAGCCGAUCAGUGAGCUGCCAGAGGAGAAGCCUGUCGAGAUCCCACCUGCGGAGCCAUUUCAGGUGCCAGCUGCAGAAUCUGCGGGGACAGAAACAGUCCAGGAUCCUGCUGAGGAGCUACAAGAGAGCUGGCCCUCCCACGCUGAGCAGGCAGAGAGAGGUGACUGUGCCCCUGCAUCUCCCCCACCUCCCACCUCCGAUUGCCACUUCCUCCCUCCUCACCUCCACGACACCGCCGAGUUCCCCACACCUCCUCCCACUCCCCCGGGGCGGCACGCACCUGAAGCUCUACCGACCCCGCCUGCAUCUCCCCAGUUUCCUCCUCCUCCUCCUCCUCCUCCUCCGGCCCCUGCCUCCCCUCCUCUACCAUCUGCUUACCAGCGUGAGGACCCUGCUUCUGCACCCAGCCACCCCCCUGUGAGGAGCUCAGACUCUGAUGGAGCGUUUGAAACCCCCGAAUCCACAACUCCAGUGAAGGCUGUUUCACCUACAGAGCCACAAACUCAGCAACCUCCAUCCAAUGACAAAGAAGCAGACACAUCAGUCCAUGAUCCUGCCUCCAAUUUGACCUCAGAAGAUCGACCAUGCCGCUCACCGUCCAUUGUUUUUGAUGAGGACAAGCCCAUCGCAGCCAGUGGCACCUACAACAUCGAGGUUUUUGCUUCAGAUAACACUCUCACACGUUCACUCAGCCUCCAGGGAGGAGAGCUAGAAAGCGCUGGUCUGUUGGACGGAUCAACACUCGGGGGAGGCUUCCGUCAACAUUCUGAAUCCUUCAGCGUUGGCACUGAGAGUGCCCCGGGGACCCUCCACAGACCCAAGAAAGUCCGUACUGGCUCUUUGAAGAAGAAGCCUCUUCUCAGACAGAACUCGAACCCAGAGAGUCCAAGGCCAGCCUCAUCCAGCAGCACCCCGGAGAUCAAGAAGCGGGCAAAGCCACGAACUACCAACCCUCUCCAGACUCAGGAGGAAGCAGAGGGAGGACCUACAACCCCAAGCCCUGGAGGAACCCUCCGAAGGACCAGGAAGAGCCGUGUGGAGACUCCACCUCCUCUGCCAGAGGAGACCAAUCACACCAGCCAAGAGGAGAGCCUUGAAACCCCGGCCCUACCCUUGUGCCAGGAGGAGAAGCCUCUCCCCGGUAGUCCACCGGUGAAAGACGAGUCUCCCAUCCCUCCGAGUGGCGCCUACAAAUGGGACCCAGAUAAUUUUGACAACAUUGACCCUUUCAAUACUGGAGGCAGCAAAAUUGCCAAUUCCCCUGUUUUGGGUCGUAAAGGUCCAGUGUGUGCUGCAAUUGCAACACCUCCAGAGGAUCCCUGUCUCUCUGCUGUGGAGCCGUGUCCUCCCCCUCCUCAAGAGCAGCCAAUCACCAACCCUGAGGAGCUACCCAUCCUCCCCAAACGUCAGCCAGUAAGGCUGGAGUUUGACUACUCAGAGGAGAGUGGUGAGGCGCCACACCAGGCCUCUCCCCCACCCAAGAAAUUGGGCAAAAAGCCCGGUGGCAAAAUGCCUCUGAGGAAACCGAAGCUGGGGCUAAAGAAGGCCCCUCCGGCACAGCUGGACAACGAUCCUCCAGCAACCCACAAUGGCAAUGAGGAGGACAUCCCUGUUCCUAAAGUAUCGUACAACUUUGAACCUAGCAAAUGGGACGAUCCGAACUUCAAUCCAUUUUCUUCAAAGGCAGGUAUUCCCAACUCCCCCAAACUGUCCAGGCCAUCUUACGGCUUUGACCCAAAUAACUUUGAUGACGCCAUAGACCCUUUCCAAUCUUCCAAUAAGAUGGCCAACUCCCCUCCCAAGGCCUCUGCCUCCUUUGAACUGUCAUCCAAUGACUAUGAAAAUGAAAAUGACAAUGACAAUGACAACAUCGGGGAACUGGCUGACCAAAAUCAAAACAAACCCGCCAAGAAGAAGAAAACUCCCAUCAAAUCUAAUACUUUCAGAGUGAAGAGGUCGCCAAAGAAAUCCCCAAUAUCUGAUUCAUCCCAGGAUCCCACGCCCGCAGAUGAACCCUCCUCCCUCCACCAACAGGACGACCACGCCACGGACGAGGAGAAGCUGGCCUCCUCCACCAGUCAAAAGUGGGCAGCCCUGCACGACAUGGAGGCCGACUUGAACUCUGACCAACAAGACUUCCCCCAGCCAUCUGACCUUACGUCCUUUGUUAACGAGAACAGUCUUCCUCAUCAGGCUCCAGUGCAAGACUAUGAAAUUGAGUACAUGGAGAAGAUUGGCUCCGCUUCGCCUCCACUGUCUGUGAAGAAGCCAUCGUUGUACCUGAAGUUGGACUCAGUAUCUGACGGCCUCACCAAGAAUUCGUGUGCACAUGGAUCCGAGCCCAGCUCCCCCUGCACAGGGAGUUUCGAGGAGAUGGAGGCCCAGAUAACAGCAGGUAUGAAGACACCUGUGCUGAGCUCCCGGCCCGGUCCCGAGGGCUCUGCCGGGGACAAGGGCAGGAAGAGAGAGAGCGAGGCACUCAGCCGAACACAGAGCACGGAGAGGGAUGAGCAGCCCCCUAACCAGGGCCCAGUGGAGUCCCCCGCUCCAGCCCCGGCCAUGCCCCUGUUAGACAGGCUGUCUGAGUGUGACGACCCCCUGCAGUACCUGGAGCCUGACCUGGCUGAGACCAACCCCACCGCAUUCGCCCAAAAACUACAGGAGGAGCUGGUGCUUGCUGCCCUGAGGAUAGAGGCUCUGCAGGUAGCCAAAAACAUCUCUCAGUGCCCCUCCCUCUCCACUGUAACCCUGCAGCACAGAGACGUGUCAUCUCCCAUAGAGAGCGCCGUGUCCAAGAACUCGCUGUACACCAGGACCACCAACUACAUCGAAGGGGAGAGUCCCCACCUGCCCAGAGAGCUGGACCACUCGCUGGGAAUCGCACGAGAGGAGAUCGUGUCAAAGGAGAAAGAAGUGCUGGAGUGGCAGAGGAAGUAUGAGGACAGCCGACAGGAAGUGGUGGAGAUGAGGAGGAUUGUUGCGGAGUAUGAGAAGACGAUCGCACAGAUGAUAGAGGAUGACCAGAAAGAGAAGUCUCUCUCCCACCACACCAUCCAGCAGCUGAUCAUGGAGAAGGAUCAGGCCUUGGCCGACCUCAACUCCGUGGAAAAGUCUCUCGCCGACCUCUUCCGCCGUUACGAGAAGAUGAAAGAUGUACUGGAGGGCUUCCGCAAGAAUGAAGAGGUUCUGAAGAAAUGCGCACAGGAGUAUCUGUCCAGGGUCCGGAAGGAGGAACAGCGCUAUCAAGCACUGAAGAUUCACGCAGAGGAGAAACUAGACAAGGCCAAUUCAGAGAUCGCUCAGGUGCGAGCCAAGGCCAAGCAGGAGCAGGCCGCCUACCACGCCAGUGUGAGGAAGGAACAGAUGAAGGUGGAUUCUCUGGAGCGCACUUUGGAGCAAAAGAACAAAGAGAUCGAGGAGUUGACGAAGAUCUGUGAUGAGCUGAUCGCCAAGAUGGGGAGGAGUUAGCGACCACACCCAGGCCAAAUCUCCCAGAGAAAAGGAGUGUUUUUUUAAGAAAAAAAAAAAAAAAACUACUUGGAAAAUGAAGCAAAUCAGUCAUAUUUACCACUCUUUUCUAGGACUGAUGGACACUGAAGGCCAGACUGGUCUUGGGGUUUAAAUUUCCUACUGACGUUGUGUAUAACUGAUCCACAGGAAUGGCUUCCUCUUAAUCACUCUGUACAUUUUUGAUGUGUCAGUGUAAUGUACUGUAUCAGGGGUCUGGUUUAAAGUUUUAGAAAAAUGUAUCAUAUCACUAAUGAGUGUGUCUGCGUGUGUGAGAGUGUGCGUGAGUGUGUGUGUGUGUGUAUGCUUAUGAGAGAAGCGAGAGCGUUGUUUUGUGGGUUAAAUUAUCUUAAAUGAUGUUGCCAUGACAGCCACUGAGGGAGAAGACUGUUUACCCGCCCCUGUUGUUGUCUCCUCUUCACACAAGAGAAAGACUUCGAAAAAGAGAAAAUAGAGACAUAAACUCCUUCAUAAAAUGUUGAUACUUCACUCAAAGAACAUAAACUAUCACAUUAGCUUACUGCAUGUGAGAAGAACCUGUAAUGUUCAUGUUUGUAUAUAUAUAUAUACCGUAGGAAAUUUCCAAAUAUGAAAAAAAAGCCUACUCAUCUGCAUUUUUGAUAGUUAUUCAGUCAUCCCACUGUCCGCUUCCCUCAUGUAACCUUGUAGAUAUUUGUCAUACUUGUCAUAGCUUUCUCGAUGAAAUCGUGGGACUAUUUUUUGGGAUUUUAUUUUGAUAUAAAGCAAACUAAUCGUGACUGUAUUCAGUUGUGACCAGGAGUAAUUUAAUUUUGGAUGGAUAUGUCCUCGUCCUGCUAUGGUCGUUGUGUCACACUGAGGAAUAACUUCUCUGCACAGCCACUGUACAGCAUCUGCUUACAAAGUGCAAUAAAAGAUGGCAAUACAGCA